UAAACUACAAAGAAGAAUAAUUCUGACGUCAUACACACGCGACAACUUGUUGUUUUGGCUAACAUCAUGAGCAUGUAAACUUAGUUUAUUCAGACACACUUGCGUGGAAAGAAGAGUACAGUCCUUAGGUGGUCUGUGAAAAAGUAUGGCUACCCAGAGGGUUAUUUCGCAAAGCAAAGAAACGCUUCUACAGAACUACAACAAGAGGUUGAAAGAUGACAUCAGAUCUAUUCUGGAUAAUUUCACAGAAAUAGUCAAGACUGCAAAGGUUGAGGAUGAGACUCAGGUGUCCAGAUCCACCCAAGGGGAGCAAGACCACUACGAGAUGCAAGUCAGAGCUGCUAACAUUGUUCGUGCAGGUGAGUCUUUAAUGAAACUUGUGUCGGACCUGAAGCAGUUCUUGAUCCUGAAUGAUUUCCCAUCUGUGAACGAGGCAAUCAGCCUCCGGAACCAGCAGCUGCGCUCCCUCCAGGAAGAGUGUGACAAGAAGCUCAUCUCCCUCCGUGAUGAGAUCGCCAUAGAUCUAUACGAGCUCGAGGAAGAGUAUUACUCCUCCAGCUGUGGACAGUGGGACGGGGUAGAGCUGCCAUUGUGCCAGGCGUUUCGCAGGAGGGAUAGCUGGGGAUUUCCGGACACUUCCUCUGAGCCCGGCCACAGCAGCACGGAAGAAUCGGAACGGCCCCCCGCCCCGGAAGUAAUCCCGCGCCACCUCAACGGCCAUGGAACCAGCGCCGGGGACCAGUGAGUCAUCGAUGGACCAAACAGAUCAAGCUACCAGCUAACCAGGACUCGCAACAGCUGGAUUUGGGUUCCCAGUAGUGUACUGCACAUCAAAACCCUCCAACCACUCGCUAGCACUCAUGAAUUGCAGCCUUUCAAUGGCCUCUCUAUACUUAAGAGUUGGAACAUAUUCUCCUAAACUGGACAGGGGUUGCAGUCCCAGACCUUAUAAAUAUUCCUUUAUUGUUGUCCCAUUUCAGAGCUGAUCUUGUAUUUCACAUUAGGGGUUUUUGCCUUUUAGGAAGCCUACCCUCGUGUAGAAUGUCUCCACACACAUGGGCGUUAGACAGUGGGACUCAAGCUGUUUUGUCUACGCUCCAACUCUGGUCUGACCUUCUGGUCGAUCCUGGACAGUUAAUAGUGCAAUUAGUAUCCUUUGUAAAAGAAUUCAUGCAGUGUACCCAUUUGUUGGUUGUUUACAUGAUAAUUCAUGCUGUUCAUUACUUUUUUUUUUAUCCAUUCCAUUGAUUUCAGGUAGAAAAUCUACUGUAGGACAGACUGAAGUGAUGUCUUUGUAGGAAAUGUAACGGGGACAAUAUUUCAGUCCUUCAGAAUGAACCUUGUAUCAUUAUCACCUAGGUUUAUGUACAUACUACUGUUUUUGUUUUUGAGUAAAUAGAUUCUGUCAUUAAGAGUUGUCAUGGCUGAACUUUGAAUAUACAACAGUGUAUGCAUUAGCUCUGACUUCAAAACGAAGUGCACCUUUUUCAUAUUCAAUUAAAACUAUUUGGUUCCUGAA